GCUGUAUUAAAGCAUAAACUCCUGCAGCCAAUCCUGCAAGUAGUGUUUCCAAUCUUGAGUGCAGCGCCCCCUCCUGGAGAAGAGGACCCAGAGGAUGAGGAAAACGACACUGAGGGCUUUGCUGUUCAGGUCAUUGACACCAUGGCUCUUCAUAUGCCACCUGAAAAACUCUUCAACCAGCUGUUGCCUUUCACUCAGGCAUGUUUAUCAAGUGAGAACUCAUAUGAGCGUAAAGGAGGUCUCAUGUGUAUGGCUGUGCUCGCCGAAGGCUGUGCAGAUCACAUCCGCACCAAGAUGUUGUCAUCCAUGCUUCAAACAGUGUGUCGCAGUCUGUCGGACAAGAACCAGGUGGUCCGUAGUGCAGCGCUCUUUGCCCUCGGACAGUUUUCUGAACACCUCCAGCCAGACGUCAGUAAAUUCCAUGCUGAGCUGAUGCCGUUGUUGCAUGGAUACUUGUCUUCAGUGAAUCAGACCAAAAUCGGCCACAUGACGAAGGCCUUCUACGCCUUGGAGAACUUCUUAGAGAACUUAGGUCAAGAAAUUGAGCCUUAUCUGCCCACUCUAAUGGAAACCAUGUUGUCAGCCCUUAACAAUGCAGAAAACCUUAAACUGAAAGAGCUUGCUGUCAGUGCAAUCGCUAACGCAGCCAAGAAGAUGCUAGUGCCUUACUUUCCUCCAAUUAUUGAGAGUCUGAAGGGAUUCCUGACAGACACAAGAGAGGAGAUGAGGGCUCUGCAGACACAGGCUCUAGACACACUUUCUGUGUUGGCCCGUACUGUUGGGAAGGAAGUGUUUAGUCCGUUGGCAGCGGAGUGUGUGCAGUUAGGUUUGAACCUCACUGAUGCAGUGGAUGAUCCAGACCUGCGGCGCUGCACGUAUAGCUUAUUCUCUGCUGUAUCUGAUGUGAGUCCUGACUGUCUGGCCCCUCAACUCACUCCCAUCACCACGGUGAUGCUGCUGUCACUCAGAUCCACAGAGGGUGUGACGGCUCAUUUAGAGGAAGAUAAACAAUUUGUGCUCCUGGAUGAUGAUGAUGCUGAUGAUGAAGGUGGAGAGGGCGAUGCUGUUUUGGAUGAAGAGGGAGAGACUGAGGUUGAUGACAGAGAUGUUGCAGGAUUCAGUGUGGAAAAUGCUUAUAUAGAUGAGAAAGAAGAUGCUUGUGAUGCUUUGGGUGAAAUCGCCUUCAACACGGGAGUGGCGUUCCAGCCCUUCCUGGAGUCCAGCUUCCAGCAGGUGUAUGAGCUCCGCGAUUUCCCACAUGAGGAUGUGAGGAGAGCUGCCUUUGGUGCCAUGGGACAGUUCUGCCGAGCUCAGCACAAAGUGUGGAAGGAAAACCCAACAGAGGCCAACCACCAGGCUCUGCAUAAGCUGUUGCAGGUGGUUUUGCCUUGUUUUCUGGAGGCGGUGAGACAGGACAGAGAGAGACAGGUGGUGAUGGCCAUACUGGAGUCCAUGAAUGCUGUCAUCAAAUCCUGCCAGGAGGAGGCGCUGCAGGCGCCAGGGAUACUGGCCGAAAUAAGUAACACCAUCAAAGAUGUACUGAAGAAAAAGACCGUGUGUCAGGAUGUAGGUGGGGAUGAAGCAGAUGAGGACGAGCAGCAGGUGGAGUAUGAUGCCAUGCUGCAGGAGUUUGCCGGUGAAGGGAUUCCUGUUUUAGCCUCUGCCGUACCAGCUGAAACUUUCUACCCUCACCUCAAUGACUUGCUGCCCCUCAUCAUGAGUAAAGCUAAAUCCUCAUGCACAGAGGCAGACCGCUCCUUCUCAGUUGGUACGAUUGGAGAAACCUUGCACUCAUUGGUGGAUGUGGCUGGAUGCAGGGUGGUAGCUGGCCGGCUGUCCAAUCGGCUGCUGCCAGUGCUAGUGGCCGGAGUGAAGGACAGUGAUGCAGAGGUCUUUCCUGCUCUCGUGGCUCGUCUCCCUCUGAAGGAGGACAUGGAGGAGAACAAAACCAUCUACAGCUGCCUGACCUUCCUCUACUCACACAACCCUGUGCUGGUUGUUCGUCAUCUCAGGCCAAUAAUAUCUGCUGCUGCUCAUCUGUUGGGCAUGAAGGAUGUUGAUAAUGAAACACGAAACACCCUACUCAUGCUGCUGAGAGGUCUAGCACAGCAUCACACCCAGGAAUUUGAGAGUGCGGUAAUCUCACUUCCUGAUGAACAGAGAAACAAAAUGACCAUGGCUGUCACUCAAUCAUAGCACCUGCCCCUUAUCCUAAGUAUCACCUUUCACAAGGCCUACCACUCUUGUGAAAGCCAGCCAAACUGAUAAUAGAUUUUUUAUUAUAUUAGAAAUGGGCUGAUUCAGUUAGCUGAGUAUGCUCUCACUGGUGUACUCUGCUUUCUGUAUUGCAGCAGAGACGUUGAGACUAAUUUCUCUUAAUUUAUUGCAGUGAUCACUUAUGCUUCUUGUCACUUUUAGUUUGUUUUACUGAGUUGUCUUUCAUUUAUUAUUUUUCUGUAUGUCUCAAUGAAUCUUCUGCAUUCCCAUCUGUAUUUAAUAUUCCAUGAAAUUCUGGCUUAAUA